AUGGCGAUUCCAGAAGUUGCUGUUGGCGGCGUAGUCGCAAAUGUGAUUCUCGCCUUCUUUGCAACUAUCAUCGUUUCCUUACGCUUCUACGCCCGGAAAAGAAGUAAGUUGCCUUUGAAAUCUGACGAUUGGUUGAUUUUAUUCUGCUUGGUAUGUUCACAUGAUGAUUUCCCUCUCACCAUGUAGUCCAUUAAUGAUUUUUGUGUGUUAGGUGUGCUCAAUCGCACUAUGCGUCGAAUGUAUCUAUGCAGCAGCUACUGGACUUCGAGGAGUUCACUUAUCGACAUUGAGUUUUCCAGAUAUCGAACGGUUCUUUGAGAUACAAUUUGCGGAUACCUUGAUUUGUCAUUUCGUGUAUGGACUUAUCAAGGUAUCGGUGGUGGUAUUCUAUAAACGAAUUUUCACAAGUCGGACUUUCAAUAUUUGUGCGAAUACGGUCUUGGGUAUGAUUUCGCUGUAUAUGAUUUUGUCGUUUUUCGUAAGUAUUACUCAUUUCCAUGUGGAAGUAGAUCUACUAAUGAAAAAUCACAUACAGCUUUUCCUCUUCUCUGCUCACCCUGUUGCCGCUUACUGGAAUACACCACCCGAAUUAAUCGGCACUCAAUUUAUUCUCGAUGUUCCAAAUCUCGUCAUUGCUUGUGCUGCUGUAGACAUCUUUCUUGAUAUAGCAGUCUUGAGUCUUCCUUUCCCAGUAAUCAAGCGUCUGCACAUGCCGACUGAGAAGAAAUUUUAUGUUUCUGGCGUCUUCCUUCUUGGUGCCUUGUAAGAAUCCCUUACUAUUUUCGCCCGCCCACAGUAGAUCUAUUGCCAAUACUAAACUUCCAUAGCUGUCUCAUCUCAUCUUGCAUCAGGCUUUACUACUCGGUGAAACUAUUCGGAACAAGUACACCAGACCUCAGUAAGUUCUUCUCCCUUCAGCAAAACUCCACCUCCACCUCCUCACCACAUAACCACAAUCUAACUAGCAUCCAGAACUCGACGAAGAAGUCUACCUCUGGGCACACAUCGAAGCCUACGCCUCAACAAUAACAGCCUGUCUCCCGUGCCUCGCACCUCUCCUCCGCAGCGGCCGCAACCUCGGCAGUAUGAUCGGCAGCGUACGAUCUAUAUUCUCCCUCCGCAGCAAAACCAGUUCCCUAUUCCGAAAACCAUCUUCUGAUUCCACUUCCAACAAUAUACCAAGUCCGAUCUCUGAAAAAGCUCCUUGGAAUGAGGAUGGAUCGACGUCGGUUGUUACAGGCGGAGCUAAGGAUUUGGAGAGUCAGAAAUACCCAAAGGAGAGAAUCUUGGUUGAGAAGAGCUUUGUUUCCGCUGCGGGGUCGAUGGUUAAUUGAGGUGUAGUGUUAAGUUGGUGGAUGGGUGAAAUAUGUAAGAUAUAUUUCCCGGGGUGGAAUCCGGUCGGUUGGAAAAGGAGAAGGUAACAUUAAGGUUAUACUCGAGUAUUUGGACAGCUCUAUCCCUUCCGUAACGAUUGUAUUACAAUUAAAUUUUGGCUG